CUCUGUUUUUCAAACCCAGUCCUCAUCUUUUCACCAGUCAUCCUAUCUGGACUCACACGAGGACUCAAACUCUCCUGAUCUUCUAGUGAUCCACAACAACACAAAGAAUGCCGCUCGGAGGAGGAAACAAGUGUGGCUGCUGUAAGAAGACGGUGUAUUUCGCAGAGGAGGUCCAGUGUGAGGGACAGAGCUUCCACAAGUCCUGCUUUCUGUGCAUGGUGUGCAGAAAGAAUCUGGACAGUACAACAGUAGCUGUGCAUCAGGAUGAGAUCUACUGCAAAUCCUGCUACGGCAAGAAAUACGGCCCGAAAGGCUACGGCUUUGGUGGAGGAGCAGGAACUCUGAGCAUGGAUGGGGGUGAAGCUCUGGGAAUCAAACCGGCUGGAGAAACAUCUCAUCGUCCAACCAACAACCCCAACCCAUCAAAAUUUGCGCAGAAGCUUGGUGGUUCAGAUGUUUGUCCCCGCUGUGGAAAUGCCGUUUAUGCCGCAGAGAAGGUGGUUGGAGGAGGAAACUCUUGGCAUAAAAGCUGCUUCAGAUGCGCAAAGUGUGGAAAGAGUCUGGAAUCCACCACUUUAGCUGAUAAAGAUGGAGAGAUUUAUUGUAAAGGGUGCUAUGCCAAGAACUUUGGACCGAAGGGCUUUGGGUUUGGUCAGGGAGCUGGUGCUUUGGCUCAUUCCCAGUAAAUAUAAAGACGACAUUGAUAAAACCAGGAGGACAAACUAGUCACUUACCAACUACAAACCUCCAGCUGUCUGAAAACACACACAUGCCUAUUUUUGGUGCUCAGUAAAUAUACUAAAUCCAAUAAACAGCAUUUCAUGUGGAAUCCAA